UGGGGGCGAGAUCCUAAAGUGUCCAUAGUUGGUUUGCAUUUACACAAGAAGAGCCCUCACUCUUUCACACUCUUCUGUCAGGAAAAAGCCCUCGACAUUUCAGUAGUUGUCAUCGCUCUGUUUGUGAACAAGACGCUGUGAGCAACGCUUAGUAACCAGGAUGAGCACACAACUGGACAUUCUCGGCUCGCAUAAUAUGUACAACAAUGUCUUUACAUAUCCAUCAGAAGAAUACUCUCCGACUAGCCUGAGCUCCUUCUCCUACAGUCCUCCUCAGUCUCUCUCAUGGGACAUACCUUCUUAUAGCUCCUUUGAUCUGACCAGCAAGCACUCACCACCUCCUCCAUUGCCAGGCAGCACUGGUUCCUCUCCCCCUAGGAGAGCAGGGGCUGGCGGCCCAGGGGGACAGAGAAGGAAAAGUCUCGGGGACGGAAAACGCUGCCAACUCUUGGAAGAUUUUAGAAACGGGCGAGUAACUACAAUAGAUCUCGCCGACGUUCAAGGACAUGUUGUUGAUUUUGCCAAAGACCAGCAUGGCUCUCGUUUUAUUCAGCAAAAACUCGAGCAGUGUUCGGAUGAAGACAAAGACAUGGUGUUUAGUGAGAUCCUUCCUGCCUCUUACAGCCUCAUCACUGACGUAUUCGGGAACUACGUCAUCCAGAAGUUCUUUGAGUUUGGGACCAUCGAUCAGAAAGCAACUCUUGUGGAUAGACUCCAUGGACAUGUCCCUUCUCUCUCGUUGCACACUUACGGCUGUCGUGUUAUACAGAAAGCCAUAGAGUCUGUUCCUCCUUACUUGCAGGCUGAAAUAAUAAAUGAGCUGGACGGUUUUGUGCUCAAGAGCAUAAGAGAUCAGAAUGGGAACCAUGUCAUACAAAAGUGCAUAGAGUGUGUUGAUCCUCCACUCCUCACUUUCAUCAUUGUAUCCUUUAAGGGCCAGGUGUACGAUAUGGCCACUCAUCCUUAUGGCUGCCGUGUGAUACAGCGAAUCCUUGAGCAUUGCACAGCCCAGCAGACCGACCUCUUAUUAAAAGAAAUACACCUUCAUGCCGACCAGCUCAUUGCUGAUAAUUAUGGCAACUAUGUGGUCCAGCAUGUUUUAGAGAAAGGCAGACCAGAGCAGAAGUCAAGAAUAAUUGGAGUGAUUCGUGGAAGAGUUGUCUCGCUCUCUCAGCACAAAUUUGCAAGUAAUGUUGUAGAAAAGUGCAUUGUUCAUGCCUCAAGACACGAGAGGGCUGGUUUAAUUGACGAGCUCUGCAGUGCACCAGAGGGUGCUAUACUGACAAUGACAAAGGAUCAGUUUGCUAACUACGUUGUUCAAAAGAUGUUGGACAUUGCUGAGCCAAGCCAACGAAAGAUGCUAAUCUACCGCCUUCGCCCCCACCUCCCCACACUCAGGAAAUUCACAUACGCCAAGCACAUUGUCAAUAAAAUUGAGCGACUCUCAAAAGGCAGCACCUCAGGGAGUCCACUCCUCUCUCCGACAUAUUUUUAAAUAAAGAAUCUCCCCUCCUUCCCCACCGGCUGUAUCUUCAUUUUUACACUCUUAAGUAAUAUACAUCACUUAGGAUCCGUGUACUAUAUAAUAUUUUAGAAUUUUUGUUUUUUUCUUUUUUCUUUGGAUAUGAAGACCUUCCUUCAAUCUGCCCAAGUCUCUCAUUUAAGAAUAGUUUUGUAUGAUAAACCCCAUAGCACCAAACAUUAUUAUCAAUAUGUGUAUAAUAUCUACCUUUCAUUUAUAAUAUUAACAACAGCUCAACUUUUUUUAUAUCUUUCCUGUGUUAUAUUAUUUUAUAAUUAUAGUGUACGUCAGUAUGAUGAUGGCUGUGUUGAACACAAGUAUAUUAUUAUUAUUAUUAGAAAUUAUUUUUGUAAGUAUUAACAUGCAUUCUUUUGUUUCAUUGAG